UGCAUGCUCGCCGGCUCCAAGACUCAGGGAGGCUCUGUGGUUCCGUGUGCCGCUGUGACCCGCUGCCCGGAGCUGUGAGGAGAGCGGGGUGAGGUCGGAAUCCGCCAUGGAUGCAGUGACUUAUGAGGAUGUGCAUGUAAACUUCACUCAUGAAGAAUGGGCUUUGCUGAAUCCUUCUCAAAAGAAUCUCUACAAAGAUGUUAUGCUGGACACCUACUGGAACCUCACUUCUAUAGGCUACAAAUGGGAAGACCACAAUAUUGAAGAACAUUGUCAAAGUUCUAGAAGAUAUGGAAGGUAUAUCAUCUGUCACCCUGGAUACAAACCAUGUGAAUAUAAGGGAUAUGGAAAGAAGCAUUGUACCUCUGUCUCUCCCAGAAUAUUUAGAAGAUAUAUGGUAGUCCCUAUUAUGAAAAGACAUGAUGACUGUGAUACAAGUUUACAAUUAAUUGGUUUUCCAACUUCAGUGGCAAUACCUCAACAUACUCACAUUGAAGAAACACCUUAUGAGUACAAAGAAUAUGGAAAUUCAUGUGUCUGUACUGGAUCACUUUGCAUAUGUAGUCUUAUUUACACUAGAGGAAAAUGUUAUGUAUGUAAUCAGUGUGGUAAAACUCUGAGUUCUUCCAGUUGUCUUCAAAAGAGUAAAACAAAUUAUAUACAAAAAAGAAGUAAUAAAUGUGGACCUUGUACUAAAGACUUUAACCAUCACAGAUAUUUUCAAAGAUACAAAACAACCAAUGAUGAAGAAAAUAUUUAUGAAUGUAAGCAACAUGAUAAAACACUUAUAUCUGAUUUGUCUUUAAAAGUACACAAAAAACCUCAUUUGGUAGUAAAACCUUAUGAAUAUAACCAAAGUGAAAAAGACUUUCCAUGUCAAAGUCUUCAUCAAGUACAUAGAACUAACAUGAGAGAGAAAAGGUAUAGUUAUCAUCAAUGUGAUAUGGCUAUUGCACAUCCCAGUUAUCUUCUAAAACAUGAAAGAACUCAUACUGGAGAACACUAUGAAUCUAAUCAAUGUGGGAAAGCCUUUGCAGAGAAGAGUACUCUUCACUGGAAUGGAAGAAGUCAUACUGGAGAGAAAACCAAUGAAUGUAAUCAAUGUGGUAAAGCCUUUGCACAUAAAAAUCCUCUUGAAAUACAUGACAGAAGUCAUACUGGAGAGAAAUGCUCUGGAUGUAAUCAAGGUGGUAAAACCUUUGCAUAUAAAACUCAUCAUUACAGGCUUGAAAGAAGUCAUACUGGAGAGAAGCCCUAUGAAUGUAAUCAAUGUGGUAAAGCCUUUUCACGUAAAAGUCAUCUUUAUAUACAUGAAAGAAGUCAUACUGGAGAAAGACCCUAUGGAUGUAAGCAGUGUGGUAAAGCCUUUGCAUAUAAAAGUGUUCUUCAUAGGCAUGAAAGAAGCCAUACUGGAGAGAAGCCCUAUGGAUGUAAUCAAUGUGGUAAAGCCUUUCCAUGUAUAAGUGAUCUUCACAAUCAUGAAAGAAGUCAUACUGGAGAGAAACCCAAUGAAUGUAAUCAAUGUGGUAAAGCCUUUUCACGUAAAAGUCAUCUUCACAGGCAUAAAAGAAGUCAUACUGGAGAGAAACCCUAUGGAUGUAAUCAAUGUGGUAAAGCCUUUGCAUGUAAAAGUGAUCUUCACAGGCAUGAAAGAAGUCAUAGUGGAGAGAAGCCCUAUGGAUGUAAUCAGUGUGGUAAAGCAUUUGCAUAUAAAAGUCAUCUUCACAGGCAUGAAAGAAGACAUACUAGAGAAAUCCUAUGGAUGUAAGCAAUGUGGUAAAGCAUUUGCACAUAAGUAUCUUUUCACUCAAGAAAGAACUCAUAUU